UGAGUCAGCUUCUGUCGUAGCGAUAUUAGCUGUGACGGUUUUUAUGCUGUAGUAUACGGUGUCUGUCAUUUUGAUUGAUUCACAUCCCGAUGGACGAGGAGUUGUACUCAUUUAAGUCGAGUUGACAUUCGACCUUGGUGACUCGUUUUCAUUUAUCAUAUCUUUCAACAUACACAUGCUACCCGUUCGCGGUCGGGUUCUGUGCGGUCGUUCACUUGCGCAGGGUACACUAUCGGUUCCCAUCAUCUUAUCUCUUUCCUGUUUAGCUAUUUGCCAACGGAUAAAAGCAGAGGUAAACCGGUUAAUUGCGGAAUUCAAUGUAUCUCCCAAAUUAACAGUGAUUGAGGUCGGUAAUCGGAGUGAUUCUGCUCUUUACAUUGAAAGCAAACGGAGAUUUGCUGACCAGUGUGGCGUAGAGCUGGCCCAUGUACAUUUGCCUCCUGAUUGUACCGAGUCUUCAUUGAUUGAAUUGGUCAAGCAGUUCAAUACAGAUCCAACGGUGCAUGGAAUUAUGAUACAGCUUCCUCUGGACUCCAUCGAUCCGAUCGAUGUAUCGGGGCCUUUACAUUCGAUUGUUGCGCAAAAAGACGUCGAAGGUCUAGGUUAUAUGAACACAGCCCUACUGAGUCGUGAGAACGUACUUUUCCAACCUGGUGUUAGUCCCAAAGAUUACCCUGUCCACAUUCCCUGCACAGCAGCUGCUUGUUUUGCCUUUAUUCGCUACGUGGACUUCCCUCUCAAAGGAUCUCACUGUGUAGUGAUCGGUCGUGGGCGCUUGGUUGGUGCGCCUACCGCGGAUCUUCUGGCGGGUCCUGGAUGUGCCACUGUUACGCAGUGUAACAUUCAUUCUCAAAAUCUAGCCGAAGAAGUAUCGCGCGCCGAUCUGGUGGUGGCAGCUGUUGGACGUCCAGCUCUGGUCAGGGGAGAGUGGAUCAAACCUGGAGCACUUGUGCUGGAUUGUGGUUACACAGUGGUUCAGGAUCCUUUAAAUCCUGCAAAAAUGACAUCUGUUGGUGAUGUUAGUUUUGAAGAAGCCCGUAAACGUGCUGGCUGGAUCACUCCGGUGCCGGGCGGUAUUGGUCCGCUCAAUAUAGCAAUGUUGUUCCGGAACACGGUAAACAGUGCACGGUGGUCUGUCGGAUUGCAAAGCCUAUUAUUUGACAGUAUUUUUACGCGCUCUUCCAAAGUCCAUUCAGAAGUGGACCAAUACUGUCUGGAGCGUCCACUUAGUGUUAGCUGACGGGGAUCUGUGGAUGAUAGAGAAACCUGCUUUUGCCAUGACGCACAUUUGUGCCUCUUAGGUUGUUUUUUUCCUGUUUUCUUUUCCUCUGUUUUGCGCAUUUCAACUUGUUGACUACUAGUUUCACUUCAUUUACUGUAUUCCACCCAGAAUUGACCGUUUUAUUGGUUUACUCUUGUACACCGUGCCGUCAAUAGAACUCGUUGUCCUGGA